AUGACCACCAUGCUCACCAAAACGCUCUUCCCUGGCGUGGCCGUGGUGACUGGUGCUGGUGGGACUGGAAUCGGUGCUGCCGUUGCAAAAGCAUUUGCAGCUGCAGGAUGCGAACGCAUAGCCAUCACCGAUCUCAACGAAACCACUCUGGAGCAGACUAAAAACGCAGUUGUCGCAGCAUAUCCUCACACGCAAUUACUAGUCCACCCUGGAAACGUGGCCGACGAUGACUUUGCCGAUGCAUUCAUUGAAAAAGUCGUCCAAUAUUUCGGUCGCGUCGAUUAUGCCGUGAAUUGCGCUGGCGUGCUCGGGCAGUCUCUACGGUCGGCGGAAACCAGUCUUGCGGAAUUCGACCGGGUGACCAAUAUCAAUUAUCGGGGCUGUUGGCUGUCAUCUCGGGCACAGCUAAAACAAAUGGUUAGACAAGAUCCUUUGCCGAGUCAUGAUCCUAGCCGUCCUCCACAGCGAGGUGCGAUAGUGAAUGUGGCCAGUCAGCUAGGGAUUGUCGGUCGGCCGAGUGCGCCGGCAUAUUGUGCUUCAAAGUCUGCAGUCAUUGGUAUGACUCGAGCGGAUGCCAUAGACUACUCCAAGGAUAGCAUUAGGGUGAACUGUGUAUGCCCGGGUGUCAUCGAAACCCCAAUGAUCAUGAAAAACUCUGAAGUUCGAGAAGCUAUUACACCUGCAGCAGAGAUAGCUCCGAUGAAAAGAAUGGGUAAACCAGAAGAAGUUGCCGAUGCAAUCUUAUUCCUUUGUUCGACCCAAGCGUCGUUUGUUCAAGGCCAUGCUAUGUUGGUUGAUGGUGGAUACAUCACUGUAUAA